GUACAGUGCUAUCAAGAGACAACUGCAGUGGCAGAGUGAGCAGGAUCUAGAGCCACUGUCAAGAAGAACCUGUGCACACAAGGAGAGAAUGACAAUGGACAAGGUGAACAAUGCCCAUUAUACUCUCCACCAGUAUGCUGAAUUCCUCCAAUUGAAAGGCUAUAAUCUCAACACCAACAAUGACCAAGAGGAUGUGUCCUGGCUAAGUUUGGAACUUUGUAAGAGUGACAGGGCAGACACUAGAGCCUCACAGAAGUGUCAAAGAUUGCCAGCACCAACAAUUCCCCACAAUCAGAGCCAGCACCCUGAAGGGAGCACUCCUGCACAGAUGAGCAUCACCAACCAGCUAAUACACAAUGAAGCCUCCAGGAUGUGACUUACCAUGAAUAGAUUGUGGUCUCAUAGAUGCACAUGACAAAACAGUCAUGAGAUCACAUAACUCCUCACUGCCCUAAUCCUUUUCACUAUCUUUUCAUCCUCAUGGGCCAGACAACAAGCAUACUUCAAGGAUCAAUGAAUGUUUGAGCAAGCAUGUUUGCAUCCACAUGCAGCAUUCUGCUAAGUUUGUAUGAUCUAGAAAUUUCUUUCAGGCUUUCUUUGAGCACCACUUAGACCAUCUUAGUGGUUCAAGCCAGGCAUACAGCCUAAUAGUAAUUCUUUGUUUGAAUAAUGCCAGAAUUCAUCCUUUAUCAUGCCCAAAACAGCAUCCAAAUGUGCCACUAUGAUACCCACAUGCCCUUUUGCCCAUCUUGAGAGCCAUGUCUCACCAAUGCAAAGCAGAAAACUCAUCAUCCAGCUC